AUGGAAAGUGUACUACAAUCUAUGUCAGGUUCUUCUAAAUCGAAUUCUCAUCAUGAUCAUCAUGAAUCUGAUUCUGAUUUACAAGAUCAACGAAACAAUAGUAGAGAUUCAAAGUUUUCUAAAACUGAAAUGAUUUCUGAUAUGAAAAGUAUUGGUGGGAUCUUUCAUAGUGUUCCAAGAGGUGCAUUACUCUUUGGUAGUGCAGGUUUGGUUCCUUAUUUAGCUACUUCAAUCACUACGAUUUAUUUAGCAAGACAAGUUUAUAAAUCUGAACAUGGAACAAUGGGAAAGUUUGAUUCGGAAACUGCUUUGACUUUGUUGUAUCAUAAUGAAAACCUUCAAGUGGCUUAUGGUGCAGUAAUCUUAUCAUUCUUAGGUGCGAUUCAUUGGGGUAUAGAAUUCGCAGCUGAAGGAACCAAAUCCACACCUCAAUUAGAACCCAAAGGAGUACCACGUUAUUUACUAGGCACCUUACCGGUUUUGUUAGCAUGGCCUACAUUAUUACUGCCAGGUCAAUUAGCCUUAGCAUCACAAUGGGCAGCCUUCACGAUAGUUUGGUAUACGGAUAUGAUUGCCACAGGUAAAGGUUGGACACCUAAAUGGUAUUCGACUUAUCGAUUCGGUUUGACGGCUAUCGUAGGUGGUAGUCUGAUUAUUACUUUAGCUGCUACUAAUUAUUGGGCUAUUGAUGAUACUGGAUAUAGUUCUACUAGUCGUAAAUUACAAGUGAUUAGAGAAAGAGAAAAUAUUCAGAAUGCUAAGGAUAGACAAGAUGGUGGGACGGGUGGGAUUAAGAUUGAAGGAAAUUUGAAUGAUCAGAGUCUGGUUGGAAGUGUUAGUGGUGAAGAUUCGUUUGUUUUACUUAAAGAUUUAAAGAAAUCAAAUGAAUCGAAAUCUAAAGAUGAUUGA